UAUCAGCUGCUGGAAGAUCAUAUAAGCCAAGAGAAAGCUCUUCAAACAAGAUAUAUCAGAGAAGUGCUCAAGUGCCACAGAAAGUGAGUUCAUCUGAGCAACAUGGAGUACACAUUCCGAGCAGUAACUCACAGCCCUGGGAUUAUAAUCUGGAGAAUCGAGAAAAUGGAGCUGGUACAAGUCCCAGAGAAAUCUUAUGGAAACUUUUAUGAGGGUGACUGCUACGUACUUCUGUCUACACAGAAGGUGAGCAGUUCUCUGUGUUACGAUAUCCACUACUGGAUCGGUUCACAGUCCACUCAGGAUGAACAGGGAGCAGCUGCUGUUUACACCAUACAGCUUGAUGAAUUUUUGGGCUCCACUCCGGUCCAGCAUCGCGAGGUUCAGAACCAUGAGUCUGACGCCUUCAGGGGAUACUUCAAACAAGGAAUAAUCUAUAAGAAAGGUGGGGUUGCAUCAGGUAUGAGGCACACUGAAACCAACACCUAUGAUGUGAAGAGGCUGCUUCAUGUGAAAGGGAAGAAAAGAGUGAUUGCCAGGGAGGUGGAGAUGAGCUGGAAGAGCUUCAACCUCGGAGAUGUGUUUUUGUUGGACAUUGGAAAGACCAUCGUUCAGUGGAACGGGCCCAAGAGCAACAAGCAGGAGAAGCUGAAGGGCAUGUUGUUAGCCAAAGACAUCCGAGACAGAGAGAGAGGAGGUCGGGCAGAGAUCAGAGUGAUCGAGGGCGAUGCAGAGGGCAACUCCCCUCAGACCAUGGAGAUCCUGAAUGAAGCUCUCGGGGAAAGAACCUCCAGUCUGACGGACGGACCUCCUGAUGAAACUGCUGAUCAGGAACAGAAGGCAAAACUCACACUCUACCAUGUUUCAGACGCUGGUGGCCAGAUGAAGGUUACAGAGGUUGCCACCAGACCACUGGUUCAGGAUCUCCUCAACCAUGAUGACUGCUACUUCCUGGACCAGGGAGGGGCGAAGAUCUUUGUAUGGAAGGGGAAGAAAGCAAACAAAGCUGAAAGACAGGCUGCCAUGGCCAGAGCUUUGGAGUUCAUCAAAGCGAAGAACUACCCCAUCACUACGAACGUGGAGACGGUGAACGACGGGGCAGAGUCAGCUCUCUUCAAGCAGCUGUUCCAGAGGUGGACAGUAAAGGAUCAGACUCAAGGUCUCGGCAAAGCGCACACGAGAGGGAAAGUGGCUCACAUCUCACAGGAGAAAUUUGACGCCUCUCUGAUGCAUGUGAUGCCAGAAGUUGCUGCACAGGAGCGAAUGGUGGACAAUGGCACAGGACAAGUGGAGGUGUGGAGAAUUGAGAAUCUGGAGCUUGUGCCUGUGGACCCCCGAUGGCAGGGAUUCUUCUUUGGGGGAGACUGCUACCUGAUCCUCUACACUUACUUGGUUAACAACAAGCAGUGUUACCUGCUCUACAUAUGGCAGGGGCGUCAUGCAACACAGGAUGAACUGGCAGCCUCUGCAUUUCAGGCUGUGAACUUGGAUCAGAAGUAUGGUGGUGAGCCAGUCCAAGUGAGAGUAACCAUGGGCAAAGAACCAAGACACUUUAUGGCGAUGUUCAGGGGUAAAAUGGUCAUUUUUGAGGGGGGCACAUCUAGAAAAGGAUCCUCUGACCCAGAGCCUCCGAUAAGAUUGUUCCAGGUCCACGGCUCUGAUCCAUCCAACACAAAAGCCAUUGAGGUUCCAGCCCUGGCCAGCUCUCUGAACUCCAAUGAUGUGUUUUUACUAAAGAGCCAAUCAGGAAUGUAUCUGUGGUGUGGAAAGGGUUCAAGUGGAGAUGAGAGGGCCAUGGCCAAGGAGGUCAGCUCUGUGAUUGGCCAGAAAGACUCAGAAGAGACUGUGGCAGAGGGUCAGGAGCCCAUGGAAUUCUGGGAGUUGCUUGGAGGCAAAGCUCCCUAUGCUAAUGGCAAGAGACUACAGCAGACAGUUUUAGACCACCAGCCGCGUCUGUUUGAAUGCUCCAAUAAGACAGGCCGUUUCAUUGUGACCGAGGUGACUCAGUUCACACAGGACGACCUCAGUGAGGAUGACGUCAUGUUACUGGACACAUGGGACCAGGUGUUUCUUUGGAUAGGUAAAGAGGCCAAUGAGGUUGAGCGCAAAGAAGCAGUGGUCACUAGCCAGGAGUACCUGCGCACCCACCCGGGCAACAGGGAUCCUGACACCCCAAUCAUCCUGGUCAAGCAAGGGUUCGAGCCGCCAACAUUCACUGGGUGGUUCACAGCCUGGGAUCCCUCCAAAUGGAGCGGAGGAAAGAGCUAUGAAGAGUUGAAGAAGGAGUUAGGUGAAGUAGCAUCACCUGUUCAUGUUACACGUGAGCAGAACUGUGUUGAAAGUGUGAAAAACUUCCAGUCCUUUCCUCGUGAAACUCUGGUCAAUAAACUCGUCAAUGAGCUGCCCGAAGGUGUUGACCCAACCCAGAAAGAGAAACACCUCUCUGACCCUGACUUCAGGGACAUAUUUGGGAUCACCAAAGACGACUUUGCAAGCCUCCCGCAGUGGAAACAGCUGAACAUGAAGAAAGAAAAAGGGAUGUUUUGAUAUAUAUUUUUUGUUCUUUUAAAGGCAACAUGAGUUCUUUCUUUGUGUCCCCUCCCCUUAUUAACGUUCCACUUUGGCUAAAUAUCUUUGUUCACAGAUUUUGAUUGCAGGACUUUUUCUUCAUGCCCUGAACAUGUUGUGAUUCAUAAAUUUGUUUCAAAUCAUUGUAAUACAGAUUGGUUUUGUUUACGUUAUUUUUUUAACCUAUAUAGAUGUCAUACAAGGACAUUUGUAGCUAAUGGUAACAUUAUUUGAAAUCUCAGUAUGAAAAAAAACUAAAAACUAUAUUGCUGUGUGUUUAACACCCAGAAGUUCAGAGCUCUGAUUUCUCCUUUGAAUGAAGAUCGAGUUUGCCCUCUGUUGGCCAAGUAAUGUUACAGCAUGUCAGGUUAAGAAAAUGAAAAACUUUAGGCCAGUUACUUCAGUUACCUGCAGGAGUACAAAGAGAGCAGAGCUGCUCCUGGUGGAUUUCUGUUUCUAGAAAAGUUUGACAGAAACUCAUUGUUUAUGUCAUGAUUAUGAGAUCAAGAUCUGGUAAUUAGGAGAAAAGGUUAAGGCAGUAAUCGGUCACUUCUUUUUCAGUUUGAGAAGACAGAGGCUUUAAGGCACUCCUGAUUUAUUUGUUGUUUGAGACGGUGGGAGGUGUUGAUGUCAUUGGGUAAUGUGGACGAUAAUAUUAGAAAAAGGAUUUUCUUGAGUUUUUGUUUUUCUUUCAACAAAGUAUUUCUUCAAAAUGUAACAUUAAAAGUUAAAAAUCUUCAGUUGUGUGAAUAGUAAACUGUAAACGCAUACAUUUAUAUUUGUUUACAUUUUGUUAGUUCUUUUUUGCUAUGCAUCACUGAAUUACUUUGAUACUGAAGAAAACUGAAAAUUAAUUCCUUUUUUCACCUCCAAAUUUAAAACACAAAUUGUGUUGUGCUGUUGUAGCAGCUUGUGAUGCUGAUUCCUUUAUUGUGGUAUGAAUCUUGGUCAUGGUCAUGAAUAUUUUAAACAGAAGUCAACACAAAUCACUAAUCAACACCAGCAUUAUUCUCUCGUUUUAUUUUGAUAUGUCUGAAAUGUUAUAUCAGGUACAAGUAUAAAUUUUAUGUCAUUUACUGUUACAUCUGAACAUUGAAUUCAAGGCUCAGGACAAGUCAAAAAUAUUUAGACCCAUAAAGCACAUGGAAUUACAGUAAGAGCAUAUUUUUUUGCAUUGUUGUCUGAAUAUAAAACACAAAAACAAUUUCAUUACUUAAUAGAAUGUGAAAAAGUCACUGCUGUGCACU